AUGGCGUGGAGACAGCAAGUAAACCAGGAGCUGUCAAGCAUUUUCGACGAGCUCUGGAAACUGGAUGUUAACCGCUUCAAGCCAGGGACAGACUACAGAAUCUCUUUACAGGGCAAAGCAGCCUAUAUAGCCCAAGGCAGUACAACUGCACGGGAUUAUGCAUCCUCUCCUCUGUUUUCCUACGUCAAUGAGAACAAGCUCAAAUCCAUCACAACAUACUCCCGCUUCAUGAAGCUGCUGGAUAACUAUGAGAGAUCGACGGGCGUGGCAGAGAGGGUGACGGCUGACGAAGUGUCGGAGAAUAAUCUCUUUCUGGACGCUGUGUUAGAAACAUCAGUCAUGAAGCGUGCCCACCAGUAUCUGGUCGGUAAAGGCCAGUCCCGCUCAGAUCUCAGACAGUUUAAGAGUCAGCUGUACCAGAUGUGGUUCCGUCUGUAUCACAGAGAUCACAGCGGAGGAGAGGACUCCAGCGGGUUUGAGCAUGUGUUUGUUGGUGAGACUAAAUUUGGGAGAGAGAUCAUGGGUCUGCACAACUGGGUCCAGUUUUACCUUCAGGAGAAGGAGAAACAUCUGGACUACAAGGGAUACAAAUCCAGAGACUUGGUAAUGCACCCCAGCCAGAAUGACCACGUGUUGAACGUGCAGUUCAGCUGGCACGGUCUGGUCAAGCCUGUGGGUAGCACCUUCGUGGGCGUGAGCCCGGAGUUUGAGAUGGCCAUCUUCACCAUCCUCUUCCUCACCUCCACGGAGAAGACAACCACGGCCGUGGUGAACAUGGACAAAUACCAGUUGGAGAUGGUUGUACACAGGCAUGGUCGUUCCAUAGGGACGUCCUACCCCAAACUGCUGAGUACCAACUAG